UCCUCCGAGGCUUUUAGAAUCACCUCUUGAAACUUCCCGGGAGUAGAGGAGGCGGGGAGCCCGGCCCGGAGGAAGCUGCUUGUGCCGCAACUGGCAUCCUUGGUAUCCGCUCUGAGUAGAGUCGCAGCCACCGCAGGGCUGAGCGACAGGCAGUGAACUGCGAGUCCCGCGCGGGGACCGAGGAAAGCACGUGCCUGCAUAUAGAGAAUGCAAAAAAGAGAAUGUUUACCUGCCAGCCAUUACACCUGCCCCUGAGUCUCUGAGAACACAAUGUCCGUCUGUACACCUUCCCACAAGGACUCUUCUCAGCUGCUACCUGCUCAAGACAUGGAUAUCAAAAACUCACCUUCGAGCCUUAAUUCCCCUCCUUCCUACAACUGUAGCCAGUCCAUCCUACCACUGGAGCAUGGCCCCAUCUAUAUCCCUUCCUCCUACGUAGAGAGCCACCACGAAUACUCAGCGAUGGCAUUCUAUAGUCCAGCGGUAGUAAAUUACAGUGUUCCCAGCAGCGCCAAUAGCCUGGAAGGUGGGCCUGUUCGACAGACCGCAAGCCCAAAUGUGCUGUGGCCAACUUCUGGACACCUCUCUCCUUUAGCGACCCAUUGUCAGUCAUCGCUUCUGUAUGCAGAACCUCAAAAGAGUCCUUGGUACGAAGCAAGAUCACUAGAACACACCUUACCUGUGAACAGAGAGACACUGAAAAGGAAGCUUAGCGGGGGCAGUUAUGCCAACCCUGUUACGAGUCCGAACUCAAAGAGGGAUGCUCACUUCUGCGCGGUCUGCAGCGAUUACGCAUCUGGGUAUCACUAUGGCGUCUGGUCAUGCGAAGGAUGUAAAGCCUUUUUUAAAAGAAGCAUUCAAGGACACAAUGAUUACAUCUGCCCAGCCACCAAUCAGUGCACCAUAGACAAGAACCGGCGCAAAAGCUGCCAGGCCUGCCGCCUUCGCAAGUGCUACGAAGUAGGAAUGGUCAAGUGUGGGUCCAGGAGAGAAAGGUGUGGCUACCGAAUAGUACGAAGACAGAGAAGUUCCGGUGAGCAGGUGCACUGCCUGGGCAAAGCCAAGAGGAACAGUGGCCAUGUGCCCCGGGUGAAGGAGCUACUGCUGAGCACCCUGAGCCCAGAGCAGCUGGUGCUCACACUCCUGGAGGCAGAGCCGCCCAAUGUGCUAGUGAGCCGCCCCAGCAUGCCCUUCACCGAGGCCUCCAUGAUGAUGUCCCUCACUAAGCUGGCCGACAAGGAACUGGUGCACAUGAUUGGCUGGGCCAAGAAAAUCCCUGGCUUUGUGGAGCUCAGCCUGCUGGACCAAGUCCGGCUCUUGGAAAGCUGCUGGAUGGAGGUGUUAAUGGUGGGGCUGAUGUGGCGCUCUAUCGACCACCCAGGGAAGCUCAUCUUUGCUCCAGACCUCGUUCUGGAUAGGUCAUCCGAAGACCCUCACUGGCACGUUGCGCAGACGAAGAGUGCUGCCCCAAGGGAUGAGGGGAAGUGCGUAGAAGGGAUUCUGGAAAUCUUUGACAUGCUCCUGGCGACGACAUCGAGGUUCCGUGAGUUGAAACUCCAGCACAAAGAGUAUCUGUGCGUGAAGGCCAUGAUCCUCCUCAAUUCGAGCAUGUACCCCUUAACUACAGCAAGCCAGGAGGCGGAGAGCAGCCGGAAGCUGACACAUCUAUUGAACGCAGUGACAGAUGCCCUUGUCUGGGUGAUUGCUAAGAGUGGCAUUUCCUCCCAGCAGCAGUCGGUUCGCCUGGCCAACCUCCUAAUGCUUCUCUCUCAUGUCAGACACAUCAGUAACAAGGGCAUGGAACACCUGCUCAGCAUGAAGUGCAAAAAUGUGGUCCCAGUGUAUGACCUGCUGCUGGAGAUGCUGAAUGCUCACACACUUCGAGGGUACAAGUCCUCGCUCUCGGGGUCUGACUGCAGCUCAGCAGAGGACAGUAAGAGCAAAGAGGGUCCCCAGAACCCGCAGUCUCAGUGA